AUGAUACCUAAACAUGCUUUAAAUGCUAUUGAUAAGUUACUUCAAGACGUUUGCAAUAACAAGUUUCCUUUCGGUGGUAAAGUUAUUCUUAUGGGUGGGGAUUUUAGGCAAAUACUUCCGGUUGUAAAGAGAGGGCAACCAGCUGAUAUUGUUGAAGCCUGUAUAAAAUGUUCUCAACAUUGGCAAUAUGUUCAGCGAUUUUCAUUAACAGAAAUUAUGAGGGUUCAGGCCGAAGAAGAGGAAUUCUCUCAAUGGCUUUUAAAACUUGGUAGUGGAACAUUACCUUUAAAAGCAGAUGGUUCCUUUCGCGGUUGCAUUGAGAUUCCUGAGCAAUGCUUGCUUGGAGAAAAUGAAUCUUUAGUAGACAAGAUUUUUGGAGUUGCAGAAGAAGAUGAUUAUGCUAAACGUGCCAUUUUGACACCCAAUAAUGUUGAUUCUUUAGCAAUAAAUGAAGAAGUUUUGGACCGUUUACCAGGUGACGUUAAGGUUUAUUUAAGUGCUGAUACUAUUGAAACAGAUGAUCUUAACGAAAUCAAUAAUUUUCCUGUUGAGUUUUUAAACAGUCUUACUCCAUCAGGAAUGCCUGUUCAUUGCCUAAAGCUAAAAAUUGGUGCUGUUAUAAUGUUACUUCGAAAUUUAGAUCUAAAAGCUGGACUUUGCAAUGGUACCCGAUUGAUAGUGCGUGCUCUACAAAAUAAUUACAUUGAUGGGCAAGUUCUAACAGGUGUUUCAGUUGGCAAGAGGGUAUUUGUCCCUCGGGUUCAGUUAACACAAUCUGAUUCAAAUUUACCUUUUACUCUUAAGCAAUUUCCUGUAAGAUUAGCAUACUCAAUGACCAUAAAUAAAAGUCAAGGUCAAACUUUUGACAAAGUUGGUUAUAUUUUGUAA